UGGAUGCAAUGGGAGAGGAGAACAUUGAUGUACAAUCUGGUGCAGCAAUGUGUUUGGCUAGGAUGGUGGAUGCAGGAGCCGGCCCUUUGAUUACUUCCUUCACAUCGUUUUUUCCUAGGAUCAACAAGCUGUUGACCAGCUCCAAAUUCUUUGCUAUUGGUUCCCUUUCUCCUGUUGUUACACGUUUGUCUCAGCACCUUCCUAAGGUCAAGUGGGGAGAACCAAAGCCUGCUAAGGCAGAGUGGAUAAAAAGCUUUUUGAAGAUGCAUGAAGUGGAUGAAGCUAUAAUAGAAGCUGUUCUGUCCCAAACGCCAUAUAGCCGUAUCGACAGAAAAAUGUGUGCACCUAAUAAUGAAAUCUUCCUGCAGUGGGACGUUCAAGAGACAAAACCAGAAGAAGAUGCUGUCACUGAAACUUGGGAUUGGAAACUUGCAGCUGGUAUUGUUAGAAACCAAUUAGAUCACGACAAUUGUCCUGACGAUGCAGAAUAUAGCUGCGUCUCCCAACGACGAGAUCGGUGUCCUUCGCAGCUAGACAAGAUUCCUAAAGAGUUGGAGGUGAUUGAGUCUAAUGAUUUGAAAGAUUUGUACAGAAUGUUGCGCACACAGCCCGUUACAGCCAAUGUCCAUUUCUUCAGUCCGGAAUUGGAUGACAUUGGCUCGGGAAUAUAUGUUGGCUGUUCCUGUAAUGGGUCAGAAUACAUGGGAUUACGCUCUAUCAUCGUCGUCGCGAUUACUAGAGAGAGGAAUAAGCUCGUGGCUGUUGUAAAGUCCAGCCACGGGACAACAAAUGGCGUUUUCCGUUACAUGUUUGUUUCUCUGACUCGGAUGCUAGUUGGUGUCGGAUACCGUGGAACCAAAGGUAUUCGUGGUAUUCGUGGUCUCCGCAAACUUGUUAAAGUAAAGUCUCCAUCCUACCUUCUCAGAGAUUUCACGUAUCUCGAAAUGCCGCUAAAAUCAGAGAGUGAGAAAAGCAAAAGGAAGAAAAGAAAGGUUAUGGACUGCAAGUGAACGCCUGCUCUUGGCUCUUCUGGAGGAGGAGGUGAUGACCAAAAGUGAAGAACUCUCGACACCAACUCUAUCUCUCUGAACUCUAAACUCUCUGAACUCUAUCUCUCUAAACUCUCUCUAUCUCUCGGGUCUGUCUAAAACGUAAAAACUUAUGGAUAUG